UGUCUGUGUCUGCAGCAGUGAACAACAUGGUGCGCUCUGUCCUCUGCCUCCUGACUGUGGCCCUGGCCUUUGUGCCUCUGCUCUCUGCUGUGGAAGUGCAUUUAAGGAAACCUGGAGUCUGUCCCAAGCUAAAGACAAACAUUGAACAUAUUGGCAUUUGUCCUGAUUGGCACUGCUCCUCAGACAGAGAUUGUGAGAAAAACCUGAAGUGCUGCGAGACGGGCUGUGGGAGACUCUGUAUGGAGCCGCAAAGAGGUGGGUAUAAGCCCAAACCAGGAUCAUGCCCUAGUAAUCGUGCUGAGAUCUGUGUCACUACGUGCAAAUCUGACGAAGACUGCAAGAGGGACGAUAAAUGCUGCCCCACCGGCUGUGGGCAAAUCUGUCAGCCGCCAGUCACAAAUGAGCCUAAGCCCAAAAAAGGAUCAUGCCCUAGUCCAAGUGGUUUUGGGAUCUGUGUCAAUGCGUGCUCCUCUGACGAAGACUGUAAGGGGGAUGAUAAAUGCUGCUCCAAUGGCUGUGGUCAUACCUGUCAGCCACCAGUCACAAAUGAGCCUAAGCCCAAAAAAGGAUCAUGCCCUAGUCCAACUGGUUUUGGGACCUGUGUCAAUGCGUGCUCCUCUGACGAAGACUGUAAGGGGGAUGAUAAAUGCUGCUCCAAUGGCUGUGGUCAUACCUGUCAGCCGCCAGUCACAAAUGAGCCUAAGCCCAAAAAAGGAUCAUGCCCUAGUCCAAGUGGUUUUGGGAUCUGUGUCAAUGCGUGCUCCUCUGACGAAGACUGUAAGGGGGAUGAUAAAUGCUGCUCCAAUGGCUGUGGUCAUACCUGUCAGCCACCAGUCACAAUGCAUUCAGACAAACCUGGAGUAUGUCCCAAACCCAGGACAGACAUUGACCUAACAGUCGUCAGAUGUGCAAAAUUGUGCUCCACAGACAGUCAAUGUGUGGAAAACCUGAAGUGCUGCUUCAACGGCUGUGGAUAUGGUUGUGAAAAGCCAAGAGAUAAGCCCAAGCCCAAAAAAGGAUCAUGCCCUAGUCCAACUGGUUUUGGGAUCUGUGUCAAUGCGUGCUCCUCUGACGAAGACUGUAAGGGGGAUGAUAAAUGCUGCUCCAAUGGCUGUGGUCAUACCUGUCAGCCACCAGUCACAAAUGAGCCUAAGCCCAAAAAAGGAUCAUGCCCUAGUCCAAGUGGUUUUGGGAUCUGUGUCAAUGCGUGCUCCUCUGACGAAGACUGUAAGGGGGAUGAUAAAUGCUGCUCCAAUGGCUGUGGUCAUACCUGUCAGCCGCCAGUCACAAAUAAGCCCAAGCCCAAAAAAGGGUCAUGCCCUAUUUCGAGGGGUAUUGGGAUCUGCAUCCAUGCAUGCUCCUCUGACGAAGAGUGUAAGGGGGAUGAUAAAUGCUGCUCCAAUGGCUGUGGGAAAACCUGUCAGCCACCAGUCAAAACUAAACCAGGAUCCUGCCCUGCUCCAAUCCCCCAUUUCACCACAUGUCCUGAUGAAUGCUCUCAAGACAGUGAUUGUGAAGAGAACCUCAAAUGCUGCUACAGCGGCUGUGGACUCCAGUGUCUGUCUCCUGAUCAUGACAGUGGCAGUAGGACCCAGGGCCAGUGCUGUGGCUGCAGGUUUUGCACAUACAGAAGUGUUUACCGGGGUCUCAGGACAUUCCAGUGUGCUACAGUCAACAUGGACAAGCACUGCUCUGUUAUCUGUGCCCUGACUCUGAUACUUUUUAUAUGUGUGAAUCUAAACUCAGGACAAGCCUCAAAACCCAAGGACAAGCUGAUAGUGAAGGCUGGCAUGUGCCCGCGGAGGACCUGGGGCAUGGGCGUGUGUGCGGAGUACUGCACAUCAGACAGCGAGUGUGAAGGGGACAUGAAGUGCUGCUCCAACGGCUGCGGACACGAGUGCAUGAAGCCGUACAAGGUGAAGCGCGGCCGGUGCCCCCUGCCUCAGCCCACUCAGAUGUGCGCGGAGUACUGUCACCAUGACGGCCAGUGUCCAGAUCAACAGAAGUGCUGCAGGACGUCCUGUGGUCACGCCUGUACCGACGUCCAGCCGUGUUAAGACCCACCAUGUCCAUCCACCCACCCAACCCACAUCCACACCCACACCCGCACCCCGUAUGAUCCAAAAACAGCCUGUCCCAGUGUCAUUUCUAUUGUGUAUCCGAGCACUUUAGGUGUUUAAAGUAUUAAUCAUGACUUGACUCCCAGUUUAGUGCAACCAGUGUCACGUGAUGUUUUGAUGGUAAAUAAAUAAGAAACGUAGUAUUUUCAAUUGUACUGUAGUGCGCUUUCAGUUAUAAAGUAUAUAGACAAGGGUUUUUACUUGUUAGAAAUUAUAUGUUUGCAUUUUUUUUCUGCUGUUUUGCCUUUGGAUCCAACACGCAGCC